CAGGUGAACAAGGUGAUGUCCAUCUUGUUUUCCGUGACCUUUCUGGCUUUUCUCUGUGGCAUCCAAUCAACCAGCAUGGACCAAGGGAGUUUAUCAGAAGAUUCCAUGAAUUCUUUCCUUAAAACGUUGGUUCAAGCUGGCAUUUGGAAGGACAAGACCCCCAAGCGGACGGACAGAACGAAGGACGGCGUGGCAACCACCGUGGGGAAGGUUGAGCCAGAGUUGACUACAAACCAAGAUAUCCGUUUGGGUUUCCAGCCCGUCGUUUCGUUGGAUGCAGAGUUGCUGAGGCAGCAGAGGCGUUUCAGUUCUCCCCGGGUACUCCUGAGUGAAAACACCCCCCUGGAGCCCCCUCCCUUGUACCUGAUGGAGGAGCCCAUGGCGGCGAACCGAACGUCGCGCCGGAAGAGGUAUUCCGAAGGGAAAACCCACCGCGGGGAAUAUUCGGUGUGCGACAGCGAGAGCCGUUGGGUGACGGACAAAACGUCAGCGGUGGACAUCCGUGGGCACCAGGUGACUGUCCUGGGUGAAAUCCGAAUGGGACCCUCUCCGGUCAAACAAUAUUUUUACGAAACGCGGUGCAAGCAAGCCAAGCCUGCCAAAAGCGGCUGCCGCGGGAUUGACGACAAGCACUGGAAUUCCCAGUGCAAAACCUCGCAAACGUUCGUGCGCGCAUUGACUUCGGAAAACAGUAAACUCGUAGCCUGGCGAUGGAUCAGAAUAGACACUUCUUGCGUGUGUGCCUUGUCCAGGAAAAUCGGGCGAACAUAGGUUGGUUUUAUCCCUCUCUCUGCCAUAUAAGUUAUUAUGACUAAAUUAUAUGAUAUGCAUGUAGCAUAUAAAGGUUUCUAUUGUUUAUAUAUUAUAAGUGGUCCUUAUUUAUUAAAGUCCAGCCAAGUACUAUCUCUCUCUCUCUCUCUCUCUCUUGAUAAAGAACAGUAAAGAACAGAUGUAUACCAGUGGCAACAUCAUUUCUCAUUUCUGUUUGUGAUCUCAGCUCCUCCACAGCUUUCCGUAAACGACUUGCAAAACUUUUAGGAAAUCGCGGUAUUUUUUCACUCAAGAGGUUCAUUUCUGGGGACCAUUAAGGGGAGAGGUUUAAAAGAUGAUGAUACGAUGAUAAUAUCCAUCCAUGCCUGAUGCCUGGGGAUUCUAUA